AUGUUCAGCACUGAGUUCUACUACUUCUUCAGCGAGGAGUUUGGCUACGAGCAGAUCCGCCACCAGUACGAGUGGCUGAAGGCCGACCUGGAGAGGGCNAAGCGACCCUUCAUCAUCGUCUUCGGCCAUCGGCCUUUCUACUGCUUGAAGGUGCAGGACUGUCCGCCGCCGGUGCUGGAGAGGGAUGAGCUGCGAAUUGGGCUGAGGGAGUGGCCGCCUAAGAAGCACCAUCACCAUCACCAUCAUCACCAUCACCACCAUGAUGAUGGUGAUAAGCACCCUCAUAUUAGUGGUCGUCAACCUCACCCUCACCAUGAGCACUAUGAACACCAUGAACACUACGAGUAUCAUAAUCAUGAGGAGGAUCACCACGAGCACCACCACCACCACCACCACAACGUCAAACGGGAGGCUCGCCCAGAGCAGCACAGUCCACCGCUGAAGACGUUCGCCGAGGCGAGUGAAGAGGGUGACGACGACCACCACCACGGCCGAUACUACGGUCUGGAGAAGCUCUUCUACGAGACGGGCGUCGACCUGUACAUCUCCGGACACGAGCACUACUACUUUCGGACGACGCCCAUCUACAACUUCAAGUGGCACCACAGCGACAAGAAGAACGACUACACCGAUCCGCGCUAUCCGAUUCACAUCGUCUCCGGCUCGGCGGGCUGCUUUGAGAAUCACAGCCACUUCAACUCAAAGCCGGAGUGGCUUGUGAAAAAAAGUCUUGAUUAUGGAUAUAUGAAGAUGAAAUUUCUCAGCUCGCACAAGGUAGAGCUGAAGCAGUACUCGGUUGAUAAGAAACAAGUAAUUGACCACAUCACCAUUCACAAGACGCACGACUACCCGGCCUGGUUGGGCAGCGGCCAGUCAGGGGGAAAUGAUGAUGAUGAUGAUGAUAAGAGUACCACUACCUCUUCUUCUUCAUCCUCUUCUAUUGUACCGGAUGUUCCCAGCACCGAAGCGUCCUUAAACUUUCAAACAACAUUAGCACCAGCUGAUGAUGACAGCUCCGAGAGCACAGCAAAACAACCGAACGAUGGCAAUGUUGACAAAAAGAAUGAGGAAGUGCCAACUGAGUAG